CCACAGGUGAGGCUUUGAAGAACACACAUGGGCGACGGUGACCAGAUGAGAACCCCGGAAGAUGACAUUGGUGUCGGUUCGGAGGCUUGGGGAAGAAGGGAAAGCCAAGCCUGGGAGGGAGGAGGUCGGGAAGGCCAUAGCAGCCGCCCACCCCAAGAAGUCACAUGCGACUGGCCACCACAGGGGUACGAGUCCGAUGUCAUUCGAGUAAUAAAAGAAGAGGGAAUGGAUGGAGGAGCAGGACGCGAUGGUGAGAAAGGAGCCAUGGUUGUGGAGGAAAAAGUGGUGGUGGAAUACGAGAGGAGGCGGUUGACCUUUCGAACUCUCUUGGAGGAGGACGAAUUGGCACCCUUGUUUGAUGGCGCGUAUUGGCCUGCCACUUGA